AUGUUGUAUCAAAGGCGUAUUUCCAGGAACACAAAUCCAGGGAGAAUUCCAUAUCCUCCUGGACCUAAGCCUCUGCCACUUGUCGGGAACUUUUUUGAUAUUCCACGGACCAACGAAAGUGCCACGUUCCAGGAUCUGUCCAAGAAAUAUGGCGAUUUGGUGUACAUGAGUACAAUGGGCGUCAACAUACUGCUAGUCAGCUCUUUCAAGACUGCUGGCGAUUUAUUCGAGAAACGAUCUGCUAAUUAUUCUGAUCGUUUCCAAUCUCCCAUGAGCCAUGACCUCAUGGGAUGGGAUUUCAGCUUAUCGAACAUGCCUUAUGGCGACCGAUGGAGGACACAUCGCCGUGUUUUCCAUCAUGAAUUUCAACCGUCCAUGGCCCCAUCAUAUUUCCCUAUUCAAACUCGCGAAGCUCAUGGAUUGCUUCGUCGAUUCCUUCGAUACCCGGAAAGCCUGGAAUAUAACUUAAGACAGAAUGCAGCAUCCCUUGUGAUGAAAGUGACUUAUGGAAUCCAGAUAGCUGAUAUAAAUGACCCGUAUGUAUCGAUCGCUCGGACGGCACUAGAAGGAGCAGCAGUCGCUACUAGCCCAGGUGCCUUCCUCGUUAAUUUCAUACCAAUCCAUUUUGAGUACAGUGAGUGGAUACCCAAAGCAAGUUUCAAGCGCAAAGCCAGAGAAUGGCGCGACGCAGUCAAUCGCAUGAGGAACGAUCCUUUCAAAACAGUUGUUGAUGGAAUGAAAGCGGGAACUGCAGAGCCUUGCUUUGUUUCCAAUCUACUCAAUGAUCUGGAUUCGAGGGGUGAGGUCAUCGAGGACGAGCAACUAGUUGUUAAAGAUUGUGCCGCUUUGGUGUAUGCAGCCUCUGCUGAAAGCACCGUAUCCACUUUGGCUACUUUCGUUCUUGCGAUGCUUACACAUCCUGAGAUACAAGCAAGGGCACAAAAAGAACUUGAUACUGUCAUUGGCAGAGAUCGCCUUCCGGAGGCUAUAGACCGCGAAUCACUUCCAUUUAUCUCAGCGAUAGUCAAAGAAGUUUUCCGGUGGAAUCCAGUUGCCCCACUAGGACUGCCACAUGUGGCUACCAACGCUGAUGUUUACAACGGAUAUUAUAUCCCAGCCGGAACUAUAGUUAUCGGAAAUACAUGGGGUAUCUUCAACGACGAGGAAACGUACCCCGAACCGCGUCGCUUCAACCCAGAUAGAUUUAUGGGUGAUGCAGAUAAAGGAUUGCAGCAGCUCUCUCCCAUGGACCCACUGUCUGCCGCGUUCGGCUACGGUCGUCGGGCAUGUCCAGGAAAGUACAUGGGCGAGUUUCAGGUCUGGAUAUCAAUUGCUUCUAUUUUGAGCGUAUAUGAUAUUCGGCCUGCGCUGGAUGACAUGGGCCGUCCUAUUCACGUUACCCCAGAGUUCUCAAAGAAGGGAAUGGUUUGUCACCCGCUCCCUUUCAAAUAUUCGAUUAAGCCAAGGGAUGAUGCCGCUCGGAGACUCAUUGAACAAACUGAACUUAAUUAA